AUGACCUUAAGAGCGGUUUCCAGUAAUUCGCUGCUGGCGCUCGGCCUCGCAUUCUGCCUCGCCGGCCUAGUUCCCGCCCUACCCCAGCGGAGAGCGGACACGGAGACGAGCCCGUACGUGACGGAAGUAUCCGACUACAUCGACUCCAUAAGCGAAGAGCUCUGGGAGAUCAACACCGAGAUCCACAGCAACCCCGAGCUCGGAUUCGAAGAGGUGAUUGCGCACCAGCUGCUCACGGAUUAUAUGAGUGAGCAGGACGGGUGGACGGUGGAGCGAAGCGCGUACAAUAUUAGCACCGCUUUCGUGGCGGUCUUUGAGGGGAGCGGAGACGGGCCCGUCGUAUCAUUCAACGCAGAAUAUGCCCUCGCUACGGCCCACAUCAUGAGAGAGCACGAGCUUCCAGGAAGAGUGGUGCUCUACGGCACGCCCGCCGAAGAAGGCGGCGCCGGCAAAGUCAGGCUUCUCGAAGCGGGAGCCUACGCGGACCAAGAAGUCGACAUUAGCCUCAUCUCUCACCCCUCCAACCUCGGCGACACCCCCUUCAUGUCCACCACCGCCAACGAGAAGUUCUUCGUCGAGUACUUUGGCAGCGAGGCGCACGCCGCCAACUCCCCGUGGGAAGGCCUCAACGCCCAGGACGCCAUCGUCCUCGCCUACAACGCCCUCUCCAUGCUCCGCCAGCAGAGCGAGACCACGGAAAUCAUCCACGGCAUCAUCACGUCCGGCGGCUCCCGCAUGAACAUCAUCCCCAGCUACGCCUCGGGCGAGUUUGGCGUGCGCGCCCCCACCACCGCCGCGCUGCAGAACCUCACCGAGCGCGUGCGCGCGUGCUUCGAGGCCGGCGCCCUCGCCACGGGCACCGAGCUCAACUUCACCAUGCUCGAUAACGGCUACGCGGAGAUGAUCAACAACGUGGUGCUCGCGCACUCGUACACUAACUGGUUCCAGGGGCUCGGCGGCGAGGUGGUGCCCGAGCAGAUCGCCAGGGCCACGCAAGGCGCCGCCAGCACGGACCAAGGAAACGUGAGCCAGGAGAUUCCGUCCAUUAGCGUGCUCUUCCUCAUCGAGAAUGAGGAUGGCUCGAUUCCCGAGAGCGGCCCUCACACCGAAGGUUUCGAGGUGGCGGCUGGCACCAGGAGGGCCUUUGACAAGUCGCUCAUGGUGGCCAAAGCUCUGGCCGGCGUGGCCUUGGAUAUCCUGACCGUUGACGGGCUGCUGGAAGCCGUCCAGGAGGAGUUUGAAAACACGGAAAGGGCCGCGCCCACGUAUAAUCAUGGACACGGAGACGACCACGACCAUUCCCACGAUGGAGAUUUGCAUGAUCACGCAUAUGGACACCGGCUGUGA